GGUAUCGCAGGAACUCCUGGCCCCGGGUCAGAUUAGCUCCUCUGCAGCGCUCGGCUCUGCUCUCCGCCUGGGGCUCUCUGAAUGUUGGUUUAGAGAGGUGGAGGAGGGGGGGAAUAGAUGGAGAACAGAGCGAUAAAGACAAACCAGAGACUGGGAAGCUUCUCCUGCUGUUUGCUGCUGCUGCUCAACUCUUGUGUUUUCCAGGAUUGAUCACCCGGCUCUGCCAAUAAACGGCCUCACUCAGAGGGUCUGUGAACACACCGAGGUGCCUUAAUAGAAAAAUCUUUGGCACUGUCACAUCCCUCAAUCACUUGCACCCCAAAUCCCUCAGUCCCAACCUCAUCACUAACUCCUAACCUCAUUUGUUGUCUUUAUUUUCCACAGAGGCAAUUGCCUUUCCUGCACCGUGCACAAAUGUUAUUAUCUCCCAACACUUCUUUCGCAGCUAGCUGUGUUAUCUUGGCAGCGCCGACGCCCGAGCUGCUCACUGAAUUUACAACUCAAACCUGCCAGAGGAGGUGCGCCACACGGUGUAAUCUUUGGCUGAUCCCGUCCCCGAGGCUUUUAUCCCCUGUAAGCACUGUUAUUGUAUGAGGGGGAUACAAGAGUGGAGACCGUCUGACGCUCGCGGUCCCUUUCCAGCUGUUGACGGAGUGUCUGUUAUUCCUGGUGUGAGUGCAGGAGGAGUUAUAAAGCCACAGAGAGAAAAAGGAAGGACUUGCAAAUCAAAAUCAAAUUGCUUUAAUCCAUUGAAGCAUCUGUCUUCACUCUCCAGAGGGCAGCAGGGUGUGUAGCACAAAAACAAAACCUGCCGCUGAGGAAUGUGCCAUGGUCAGCCAGCUGUGCAGCGUACGGAUGGCAGGACUGUCAAAUUGACUUUUUUUUUUUUUUUUUUCCAUAAGUGUCAGAGAAGCUCGGUCAAAAGUUUCUCAUUACCUGCAGUCAGUCGUGCUUUUACUCCUCUGUCCUUCAGCGACGAGCACACGAACAGGACAAGCAGCUUUAAAGUUGAAACAAGACAAACAGUUCCAAGAAAUAAAACUUCCGUCCCCCUGAUGGGUUCAUUCUGCAGCCGCCAUAUUCAAACAGAAUGCCUCAUGAUGUCAGCUCGAUUUCUCUUCCCCUCCUCCCUCCCCCCUCCUCACCCGCAGAGUAAAUGUCUUUGGUUUUUUGCGCUGUUUGUGAUUAAUGGAACAUCAAAAGCCGAUCUGAGCUCAGUGUGAUGCGUUCCUGAGGACACGAGUCUGCCAGGGACACACAAACAUCAUUAAUGAACAAGAGGCAGACUGGAGAGAGACAGAGCGACGAGAAAAGAGGCCGAGGAAUCAAGAGAGUUAAACAGAAGCUCCUCUCUCCCACACUAAACACUGCCCCUCAAACGCCUCCAUGAAGGAUGUAGACCCAGAGGGGGGGGCAGGAUGGAGUGCUCCUGGAAGACGGUGCUGCUGCUGGUGUGUGCGUCUCUGGGGGUCCAGUACACGGCCAUCCGGACCCUGAGGGACUCGCUGUCUGGACCCUGUCAAGGAGCCUACCGCUGCCAGACCAGACACCACAGAGACUCCAGGUGGAGAGCCUUGUGUGACUGGAUGCCCGUCGACUCACCCGGGAAGCACAUCCUGCUGUUCGCCACCACGCGCAGCGGCUCCUCGUUCACCGGGCAGCUCCUCAACCAGCACCCGGAGAUCUUCUACGUGUACGAACCGCUCUAUCACGUCCAGCAGGCCUUCACCAACUCCAGCAGCAGGCUGCGCCGCACCCUGGACCGCCGGGCGCUGCUGGGAGCGUACCGGGACCUGCUUCUCAAUCUGUACGCCUGCGACCUUCACUUCAUCGAGAAUUACAUCCGCCCGGAGCCGCAGGACCACGUCACGAACUCCUUCUUCCGCCGGAGCUCCAGCCACGCCCUCUGCUCCCCUCCAGUGUGCUCAGAAGGAGGGGAGGUGACGGCCUCCGACCCGCCGGAUGAAAGCUGGUGUCCUAAGAAAUGUGGAGCCUUAAACCUCACGCUGGCCUCGAUGUCGUGUCUGUCGAGGGGACACGUAGCCAUCAAGACCGUGCGGGUCCCUGAGGUGGGGGACCUGCGCACUCUGACAGAAGAUCCACGUCUGGACCUGAAGAUCAUCCACCUGGUGAGAGACCCCAGAGCCAUCCUCGCCUCACGCAUGAUGGCGUUUUCAGAUCAGUUCCGCGCUUGGAAAAUCUGGAACGCGACAGGACGGCAGCCUCGGUACGUCGACCUGUCGCAGAUCACCAGCACCUGCAAGGACAUGGCGGCCUCCGCGGAGACGGGCCUGCAGAGGCCGGCGUGGCUGCGGGGGCGCUACCUGCUGGUGCGGUACGAGGACCUGGCGCUCAACCCGAGGGACAAGGCCGGCGAGAUCUACAGGUUUGUGGGGCUGGAGAUGGAGGACAGGGUGCGGAUGUGGAUCGCAAAGAACACCAACAGCAACGCGUCGUCUCCGUCCGAGUGGAACUACAGAUACUCCACGACCAGAGACUCCAGAGCGACGGCAGAGAGCUGGAGGCUGCGUCUCGGCUACGACAUCGUGAGGACCGUGCAGAAUCUGUGCAACGACACUCUGGCGCUGCUCGGAUACAAACAGGUCCACUCUGCGGCCCAGCUCAGAAACUUGUCCCAUAGUUUAGUGGAACACAGGACCUUCCAACCCGUCACGUAGAAGAUUUAAACUACAUUUAUUUAUUUAUUUAUUUAUGCUGACGUUUUUCUCCGUCGCGAUGCUGAUAAAUUGAAUGUAGUUUAUCUCAGUUUUGAAUAAUGCCUAAGAUCGAUGUAUUGUCACUUUUUAUGGUUUUCCUAAACAUAUUGAAAAAGUGCCAAAUUCUGAGCGUCUGUGAUUCCAAAAUAAAAGUCUGUGCUGCUUCUUGUGUUGACAGAAAACUUUCAAGAUGCAAAAGUCCCGAUGUGAUUAAUUGACUGUGCUUUUUUCUUUUUUUCUUCUUCUUUUCAUGAUUACAUUUUAUAAUCAUUUCAGUGUUUUCAGAGAGAAACAGACGACACCUGAAAGAGCAAAUCUGACCUGAAGUCUGAAAAAAAAAGAGUGUUAUUCUUAGAGGUGAGACACACAGAGGGGGAGGAGGAGGAGGAGGAGGAGGAGAAAAAAAAAGAAAUUACAGGGCUUGCCUUCCAAGUGUCUCUAAUGCAUUCUGGAAAAGGAUUAAAAUGUCACCGGUGCAAUCUUCUGCAGCGCACAGCGGCUCUAAUUUCUAUGUGAAAAUGUCACGAAUAUGAGAAUAUAUUUGGUUUUUUUUUUCUUACUAUAAAUACUUAAUAACUGUAAAUACUGAUUAACCGUUUCGAUGCAAGUGUGCCAGUGUUUUAUGUGCCGGGUGUUUUUUGGGGCAUUUUUUUGUCAGUGUGUGAUACUGUUUAUAUUUUCUAGACUUUUUAAAAUAAAUUAUUCAUAUUAAUACACAUCUA